GACAUUUUGAUUGUCAAUUUUCGGUUUUUUAAAUUGUUUACUAACUAUAUAAUUUUAUUUUACUUCUGUUUCUAUAUAAAAAUUUAAUUUUUUUUAAACAUUCAUUCUUUAAAAUUCAAGCUAUUUAUUAAACAUUUUCCCGUGACACAAAUCCUACACAAUGGCUGCAGUAGCAAAUAAACCAAAAUCUGAAAUGACUCCUGAAGAGUUAGCAAAACGCGAAGAAGAAGAAUUUACUACAGGUCCUAUGUCUGUCUUGACUCAAUCUGUCCGUAACAAUACUCAGGUGCUGAUCAAUUGUCGUAAUAAUAGAAAACUUUUGGCUAGAAUCAAAGCUUUUGACCGACAUUGUAAUAUGGUAUUAGAAAAUGUACGAGAAAUGUGGACUGAAUUACCUAAAACUGGCAAGGGCAAGAAAAAGGCAAAGGCAGUAAGUCGAGACAAGUAUAUUUCUAAAAUGUUUUUACGUGGUGAUUCAGUUAUUUUAGUUGUCAAGAACCCUAAAGAAGCUGUUCGUCAACAACCAGCGGCUCCUUGAAAUAUAUAUUCUCACUUUGUAAGAAUUAGAUUUAAGUAAAAUUCCAUAAAAAGUGUAUAUAUUGAUUACUUUUCUUAUUGUAAUAUAAAUUAAAAAAUCUAUAUUAAACACUU